CCACUGUCGCUGUGUCUCCACAAUCACUCUCAACAACAGCGUAACCAACAUGUCUUCCGACGAACUGAAGCAAAGGAUUCAGGCAGAGGUCCAGGCCGAGCUUGAGAGGCGCGAGUACUCCGCCCAGGGAGACAAUGUCAUGGCGGAAUACGUCGUAGUGCUGCUGGACGGCAAGGAGCCGGAUCCCGUCGCUUACAUGAAGGAGGAGCUGGGUGACCUCAUUGGCGCCGAAUUCAACCCCGACUUCGUGGAUUGGGCGUUUAAACGUCGCGACGAUAUCAAGCGGGAGAUGGAGGCGGCGACUGCACCCCCACCACCAGCGGCCCAGGAGCCCAAGUUACCUGCCGCAAUUCCAUCCGGUUCGAGCCGCAUGUUCGCCUCGGCGGUGGAGGGGACGAAGCGCAAGGCCGAGCCUGAAACGCUGGAACCCUCAACUCGCCGCCGCUUGCCGGACGGCCCCCUCUCCGCCCCGACUGGCCCUCGGUCCAUGCGCGAUCGCGAACUACUGCCCGAACGUUCGGAUCGCCGCGAUGAUCGGAACGGUGGUCGCUCUCUCAUGGACCGUCUCGGGCCGCAGGGCCAGCGCGGCCCCAUGCCUAUGCGUGGUGGCAUGAAUGGGCGCGGUGGGCACAUGCCAAUGAACGGCCGGGGGCCGAUGAACGGCGGCCCUGGGUUCCAGCGUGGAUUCAACCAGGGCAUGAUGCCGCCUGGCGCACAGGAGGCUAUGAUGAUGCAGAUGAUGGCUAUGCAGGCCAACAUGCAGCAGAUGGCGCAGCAGAUGGCUCAAAUGAGCGAGCAGAAGAACACUCAGCGCCCCACUCGCCCGCUGCGCGGGUCUCCGGCGAAGCCGCCAUUUACAGGCAAGACGAGCGUACCCACCAAGAACGGAAGUGCCGCGAUCCCCGAUAGACCUCUCUCCAGCGCGCUGUGCAAGUACGGCGUCGGGUGCACCAACGCGCGGUGCACCUAUUCGCACCCUUCGCCGGUGGCGGACGAGAAGAGUGGCAUGGUACUGAGCGAGGAGGCGUGCGAGGCUGGGAAGGACUGCAAGGAUGCGGAGUGCAUCAAAAGCCACGUCUCCCCCGCCGCCGUCACCGGCGCUUCGACAGGGCCGAGCCGCAUCUUGUGCAAGUUCCAGCACUGCACGAACCCGGCAUGCCAGUAUCGUCAUGAGGAUGCGGAGGGCAACUAUAUCCCGCCCCCUGCACUGAGCAAGAAGGAGGCCAAUGACGGCGCCGGGGCGCACGACGACACCGCCGUAGACGACGUCGAGGUCGUUAUCAAGGGCGGCCUCGACGCGCCGCUCGACGACAAGCCGCAGGAGCGUCCAUGCCGCUACGGCGAGCGCUGCACGCGCGCCGACUGCAAGUUUACGCACCCUGCGUCGCGCCCAACGCCGCGCGGCGCCAAGCCUGCACGCGGCGGCCCCCGUCCCGCGCCGGAGGGCAUUGUGGGCGGCAUGACCGGCAUGACGCCCAGCAGAAAGUUUGCGGCGCCUGUGGCUGAGAGCAAGCUGAAUCCGGACGCAGGCGAGUUCAAGCCCGCCGCCGCUAGCGAGAAGCAACUCGAUGUGUCCAUGUAGGAGUAUACAGAUUCAAUAGAGAACGGAAGCAACCCACCCACCCUCAGCAUAGUGUAGGAUCCAUGCCACUGUAUCACCAUAG